UCUAUUUGAAAGGCAAAAACGAUCAUAUCAUGAUGGCAUUUGAGCAUAAAUCAACACGCGGAUCCUUAUCCUUUCAUGUACCUUUGCAUCCGGAUAAGUAUAGGAUCCAAGGAUUGAAAGUAAGUUGCUUAUACAGAUUCUUAGGAUCCAAGGAUAAAGAUAAGUGGCCUUUUUUCAUUAGAAUAUGCAACAAAACCAAGGGUGUUACUUGGAUAUACAAUCCUUUGGUGUACCGCAUACCCAAAGUUGAUGAAGAUUCUAUGUGGAUAAGUUAUUGGCCAAUAGGAAACAUAUUGGACAUUGGUGAUAAAGUAAAAGUGUCUACCCAUGCGGAGAAAGGAAUAAUGGUAAGCAAAUGUGGUGCCAGCCUUGUGUAUAUGGGUGAUGGUGAAGUAGAACAUGAAGAAAACUUGGAAAAUAUGACGAUGAAAAUGAAAGAAGUGAUUGGAGGAGAUUUGUCUGACUUUGAGGUGAGCAGAGGAGUUUACUAUCUUUGUCGCCGUGAUUUUUUCAAGUCGACAACCCUUAGUAUGAUAAAGAGAUGGUUUGGUGAUAGCAUUCCCUAUAUAGAGCUACAAGGAUGGAGAAAAUCUAUCCAGUCAGAGUACUUGGACGCAUCAUUUAUGCAUCUGGAAUAUAUUGAGGAGCUUCAUGAAGACACCCUUCAUAAGGAAAUUUUGCUGGGAUUAUUUAAUAGCAAAAGUGACAUCUGCAAGAUAGAAAUGAUGGUAUCUAGGCUCGUGGGAGUUGAAGAUGUUCACUACUUUGUAGACAAAAAUAUGUUGUCUGUAUCGGGUUGUGUUGAUUCUAUGGCGGUGGAAACCUGCGUAAGGGAAUUCGAAAGGACGGUAAAGAUCAUAACCGUUAAUUACAAUGUAAAGCAUACUCGAAAGCGGUACCACAUGAACAAUAUUAUGUGGGGAACAAACUUCAUAACGCGUUAAAUGAAUGUAAUGAUAGCCUCUAAUCAGAUCGAUGAACAACAAUAACUGAAGUCUAAAUUGUAUAAACCAACAGUUGAUAAGGAAACGAGUUGUAUUAAUGAUUUCUGAACGGGCGAGUGUGAUUUGUAAAUGACCAUUGACACCUAUUUAUACAUAGCCGGAGGAUCCACAUGACGGUUCACAAAGAA